AACAAUAAACAAUAUAAAUAAUAGAAAUUAACAUAAACAAUGGCCACCUCAACGCUGCAAUCGCCGGCCGCGUCGCCUUCGCCUUCAUCCACACCCGCGUCGGUGAAGAAUCCGCAACUGAAGCGCGUCGUCUACUCCAAGUAUCGGGAAUUGCUGGGGUCGUACAACGAUAAGGCCAAUGCCAUCAUCGACACGCUGCCAGCCUAUAUGGUGCGUCAGGAUCGUGGAUUUCAACUGUCAGAGUUGCCCCUGACUACCCCUGAUGGCAAGAGUUGCCUGGAAUCAUCCUAUGGACAACGCGGUGGAGGAGGGGGCAACUCGGGUGGCUACGAGGCCCCGGCCUGCGUACAGAAUGCGAUGAUGACAAAAGACAAGAAGCCGUUCACCUACACCCCGGGCGGUAUAGAUCUCUCCCAGAUCCGAUCGGAGCGCAUGGCCAAGCGCUUGGCACGCAACGCCCAGUCGGAGGGCGCCACCGGAGCCGCCCAACAGAACAGACCCACCCAGCCACAGUCGCCAGGCGGCGCUCCAAGUGCUGCCAACUCGAUGGGUGCUGCUGCCAUGGGAAUGCCCUUCCAGGUGCUGCCGCCGCCGCCGCCACCACAGCCACAGACACAGGGUAAGAACGGGAAUCAGUUUGGGGCCGCUGCUGCUGCUGCACCCCCACCACCACCCCCCCAACAACCCAGCACACUAGCGCCACCCGCUGGCCGACUCAGUGCACCCGGGUCACCGGCCACGGCCCGCAAGUCGCCGACCCCGCAGCGCUUCGAGCCGCCACCACUGGGCUUUCGGCCGGAAAUCAAGAUUCCGGCUAACCCAAUGGCCGCUCUGCGCAAGGUCCCACCACCGGUGGAGAAGAACACAUUCUGGAAAGAUGAGUAUGUCAAAGAUCGCUCCAAGAGUCCACUGCCAGAGACCAGCGGCGGAGGCAGCAGCAACCAAAACGGAGACUUCAACGGCAGCAGCAAUUACAGCAACAAUUACAGCAACUCAGAUGCCGUCGAUGGUCCAAAAUCGUUUGAAAACAGCAACAGCAACAACAGCAACAACAACAACAACAGCUAUAGCCCCUACACACCCACUCAGCCACAGCAACCCAAGACCCCACCCAUGCAACAACAGCAGCAGUAUCCCACUCCACCUGCAACUCCGCAGCAGCAGCAGCAGGAGCAACAGUCGCCACGUCAGGAGUUCCGGAGUGUGGCCAUGCCCACAUCGCCUACUGUCAGCGUCUACACACGACAGGCGGAGAGUCCUCGCUCUCCCUUUGAGCGUCAGACGGAGAGUCCACGCUCACCCUUCGAACAGCAACGUCCGCCAGCAGCCAACUCGCCUCUGGCUCAGGCACCACAGCAACAGUUGCAGCAACAGCAGCAGCAGCAGCAACAGCAACAGCAGCAGCAACAGGCAGCCCAAUCUGUGCCCUGGCGUACACAGCGUGCUCAGCCUGCACCACAGCAGCAGCAACAGCAACAGCAACAGGGAGCCCCACAGCACCCACAGCCCAUCUACAACAACGUUCAGCAGCAACAGCAGCAACAGCAACUACAGCAGCAGCAACAACUACAACAGCAACAACUACAACAGCAACAACUACAACAGCAACAAAGAUCUCGCGAUGUGUUCAGCCCAGGACGGAUUGAGACAUCGGCAGCAACCAAUUUCAAUGCACAGCCGCAGCAGCAGCAGAACGUCGGACAGCAGCAAGCACAAUAUCCAGGAGCAACUAAGCCGACCAACGUUGGAUCGCUGUACAUUGCUCCUCUGGCCCAGCCCACAGAGCCCCAGGCACAGCGCAUUCUGCUCCAGCAACAGCAGCAGCAACCGUCCCGCGACUCGCCCAUGCGGCAGUUGCCAACACAACAACAGCAGCAGCAGCCGCAGGGCAACCAGCCACUGCGUUGGCUUAGCUCUCAGCCAGCAAGCAAGGAACAAGCGCCCUGGGCUCGUCCCGAGGAGAAUGGCAAUGUGCUGCCCUCCACCUUGAGGCAGACCACGCCGGCACCACAACAGCAGCAACAGCAGCAGCAACAGCAGCAGCAGGUGCCACAGCAGCAACAGCAUCAGCAGGUGCCACAGCAGCAACAGCAGACAUCGUUCUACCAGCCACAACUGGUGCAGGGCAAUGGCUAUGGGCCCACUUCAGGUGCGACAAUUAGUCAGCAGAACUUUGGCUCGCAUCCUCAGGGCGGGGGACUGCGUUUGCAGAUCAACUUGAACACAAAUGGUGGCAGCAACAACAAUAACGCCACUCAAAGCGGUCCCAGGGAGCGCAUCAUACCCAUAACACUGGAGCAGACUCCAACCUAUGCCGCUGCACAGCCCAACUUUGGUGGUUACAACAAUUAUCCAGCUCAGUCCAGCCAGACGCAAUGGCGAGAGCCCAGCUCCCAGCGCGUCCUGUCGCCCAACCAGCAGCCUGCCACGGGCAACGGGAUCAACAGCAACGGGAAUGCCAAUGGUGCGCGGAUCAUCCCAAUUUCGAUUGAGGGCGGACGUGGGGGACCCGUCUCCCAGUCUCCAGUGUUGCUGCAAAACGAUCCGCGCUCACCGCCCAUCCAAUCGAAAUCGUUUAGAAUAUUGCAAAAGAUCACCGACACGGUGGACGAUGGCAGCGGUGGAGAUUUGCCACGCCAAGAGUCCCCCCAGCAGCCAAUGUCCCUGGACGGGGCCGUGGUGCCGCAGCUGCAGCGGCCCCAAUUCGCGCGACAGAUGAGCGCCCAGCUGGCCCGGAAUAGUCCGACCAUUGAGCAGAUGCGGCGCCUGCAACUGGCUCAGGAUCAGCAGCAACAGUCGGGUACGCCUUUAGCUUGGUCCCCGCAAGGUAACGGAGUCUCCGCACAGAAUCGCUUUACGCCCCAACGUUAUGAUACACCCCAACAACAAACACAGCAAUAUGUGCCGCCCAGUGAACAGCAAGUGCCGGAACCGAAGAAAUAUACCGGCAGCGCUAUACCCAGUCGAUCAUUCAAGAUUCUACAGGCAAUGACAACACCCGAAAAUGCCGAACAUAAAAUUCACACCGAGCUGGACUCGGAUUUGGAGAAUGUUGAAUUGAACGAAAUCCCAAAUAAUAAUAAUAACUAUAAUCAAAAUACUGAAAAUAAUAAUCAUAAUAAGCAUAAAAACCGUCACAGUUACACAUCAUCCACACCCUCUACACCCACCACAGAUCACACCCAAGCCAACACAUAUUCAUCCAAUUCAUCCCUCAGCUCUGCCGACAGCUCGUGUCCCCCGCGUUCGCAGUCGGUGCCCCCACACUAUCCACCCUAUGCCUAUGGCUAUCCAUAUCCCUGGUACAUGCCACCGCCACCGGGAGAGGCUGCUCCCAUGGCCAACUGGCCGUAUCCCUACCCGUAUCCGCCACCACCACCACCGCAUCAGCAUGCCGUGGAGGGAUGCCCGCCCUAUCCGUACUACUACCCCUACCCUUAUCCGCCCUACGCACAGCCGCCAAGUGGCUGUGAAGCUCAGCCUCAGCCUCCGUCUGGGUAUCCACCGUUCCAUGCGAUGCCACCACCCUACGGGCCGUACCCCUACCCAGUGGCGCCCAGCUACAGUCAGAGCUCCAAUGAGGAGAGUCGCGCUAGCAGCGUGCUGCCGGACAUCAUCAUAACGCCCAGCACAGAUGACAUGCCCUCGCAGGUGAUUAUGCAGCACCACAUCAAGUUGGAGCCUCGUGAGUCGCCCAAGCGGGCUCAUUCCGUGGAGAUCGAGGAGCUGGUGAGCAGACCCAAGACCCGGAAUAUUGGCAGCAGCAGCAAGCACGAGGUCAUCGACAUGCUCAGCCAGCGUCUGGCCAACAUUAACACGAUCGCCGGCGGCAACACCCAAGCGAAUCUCUCCAAGCAGCUCCAGAAGGACUAUGCGGGCGAGCAGUCCAAGGAAUUGGGCGCCAGAUCUCCCAGUGAGAAUGCCUCGAUAGGCGACAGCGAGUCAGAGGAGGACUCCAGCGAUGACGAUGACGAGGAGGAGGAUGAUACUCCAAAGCACGCUGGUCGAGCAGCAGCUCCCUUGCAGUCAAUCAAGUCCGUGACCAAUGUGCAGGUCUACAAAGGCAAGGCAUUGGAUCAGCAUUUGGACUCUGAGAGCAGCGAUGGCGAGGAUGAUGAUGAAGAUGUAACCACUGCGGAUGAAAUGUUUGACGAGGAGGAGCAAGUCGAGGAAGAGCAGGAAGCUCUUAUUGAGGAAAUGGACGAGGAAUAUGUUGUCGAGGAGGAUCUGAGCGUCAUCUACGAGGAGGAGAGCGAGCUGGAGCGCAGCAGCGAAUAUGCCAAGACAGUCAUCCGCAGAGAUGACUCCCGCUCCACGCUGGUGGACGACAUAGAGAAGCAAAUUGAGGAUAACGAUCAGGCUGAUAACGAUGACGAUGAGGAUGAUGAGUCCAACUCGGUGACCGUUCGUCUGCCGCUGCGUUUCUCAUUCAGUCGCAGCUCCAACGAUGAGAACAUCGCCACCGUCCAGGUGGGCAACACAACCCAGAUCGAGGAGCGCCAGAGCGUUGCCAGCAGUGCGGAGAGCAAGCGCAACUCCUCCUUUAGUGUGGCCAAGGUGGAGAGUGCAGAUGAGGAUGAGGACGAAGAUGACGACUGUGAGGUGAGUGUGACCAUAAGUCUGUCCAACUCGUCGAGAUCAAACUCAGUGGAGAAGUACAGAGGAGGCGCCACCGCAGCUGCAGCCUAUCCCGUGGAAGAGAUUGUCGCACCUCUCAGGGCCAGCAAGGACGAUGUGUCCGCUUCAUUUUCCCUCGGAAUGCGCAACAAGUUCGUGGGCGAGACCAUAGCCAACGAUGUGACCAACAACAUAUCUCGCGCCAAGCCAGAGACGGAACCUAAAGUCAAAGGCAUCGACGAAACUGUCGCUGCACCCACGGAGGAGUUUGACUUCUUUGCCACAUUGAUGGCCACCAAAAUGCAGGCACAGAAAAUGAUGGAACAGUCCAAGAACUUUUGGAAAACCACCGCCCCAGAAGCAGCCCCAUCGGAGCCACAGGUGGAGACCAUCGAGACACCUAAACUGAGGCCCAAGGAGAACUGCUCGGAGGGCAAGCCACCCCGGCCCAAGUCGGCAGACAUGUCCAAGACACAGGCCUCCUUGGAGGCGGCAAAGAACAGCUUCUGGUCCACAUUCGCGACAGCUUCCCAAGAGCAGGAACAUCCAGCCCCGUCAGAGGAGAAGCCAGAAGGAAUCGAGUUCUGGGGGAGCAUAGAGAACAAGGAGAAGUCUGGACUGGAGGACAAGCAGUGGACAAAAAAGAAGAAAACUGUAACCUAUACGCCCCUGAAAAAGGAGACUGCUGCCAGGGUGGAGCACUGGACCACAACCCUCAGAGCUCACGUGGAAUCUAUGCCCCUGCCACAAAAGGCUGAGCUUCACUUUGUGGUGGAAGAAAAGCCCAAAGAGAUUGAGAAGCCAAAGGAAAAUAAACAGAACGAGGAUUUUUGGGCAGCUGUAGAGUCAGAGCAGUCAAGGACAGACUUGGAGAAAGAUGAUCAAUUCGAUUCUCAAAUGGAUAUCUGGUCUGGCCAACAGGACGAGCAACAGGAUGGCGAGGACGAAGACUUCUGGGCAGACAACAAGUCUGAAGCGAGCAGCAACGAGGAGGAGAGGCCUUCGGGUGGUUUCGCUUUCGAUCCCACGAAAUACCCCGAGGAGCCCCGAGAGGUUGACACUGAUGAGGAAAUUGAUUUCUGGGCCGAGAUCGAAGCAAAGCGGCAGUCUGACGACGACGAUGAUGUCACCUUCCACAAGUCGGCCACCUUCUGGGCCCGCAAAGAGCGCCAGAAUUCGGUGGAGGAGACCCCUUACAUGCCGGUGGAAAUAAAAGCCUUCAGAGCCAAGCUGCCCGACGAACCUGCAGUGGCCAUCGAUGUGUGGGCCACACUGGAGGCAGCUCGAGGCGCAGAGCCGGAGAUUGUCGAUCCCAUUGUGGAGGAGGAAAAGAUUCUCGUCGAGCAAUACGAGGAGCUGCCCCACGACACUCCCCCAGUGGAGGACGAGAAAAGAGCAUCUGUGGAACAACCCGUGGAAACCGAGGAAGCGGUGCGAGAGAGCAAUCUUCGUAUGGUGGAUACCAUGUCGCUGGCCUCCAUGCACGAACCGGCCACUGUCUAUACCUGGGCUGCUCCGAUCGAGGACAGCUAUGAGGAUGCGGGGGAGCCCGACUUCUGGGCGAACAUCGAAGAGGAUCGCGCCAAAAAGGAGCAGGUCAAGGAGGCCGAUCAGAAGCGACACAAUUAUCGCAAGGCCAUGGCCUUUUUCAACACCUCCAUCGAUGGGCAGCAGUCGCCGCCGCAGCCCAGUCCCAGUCCCACACCCACGCCCAAUCGCCACAGCGUUAUACUGGAGGCAGAGGAGCCCCAGGACGUGGACCUCGGCCCGCCGGGUGAGUACGAGAUUGUGGGCGAGGACGGAGCAAUUGUGGAGGAGCACAAGCCGCAGAUCGCUGAGGCAGAGGAAGAGGAGCGUGGAGCUGCCACUCCGACAAACUUCGAGCCGCAAGUGCCAGAGGUGUUCGUGGAGCCCGAGCCGCAGAUGAAGCGCCUGGCCAAUGGACUGCCCGACCUGGAGGUGGAUAAAUUCAGUGAGGCACCCAAGAUCUCAGUGCGCGACCGCAUCUGCGCUUUUGAGGUGAAUCCUAGCGACCAGGAGGCACACAGCUCGAAGGCACUGACCAUCCAGUCGCUGUCCGUGGACAGUGGUCAUGGCAAGGGGACGCUGUCUCGCAACAGCAGCACCCAACGGUCCGAGUCGGAGAUCGAGGAGGAUGACUCGGGCGUGACGGACAUGAAUAGGCAGCUGUCGGAGACGGACACCGAGUCCGAGAGCUUCCCGGAGCUGCGCAAGAUGACCAGCUACCAGCGAGCCGCCACACAUUCCAGACUCUUCAAGCUGCUGCAGGAUGAGAACGACCUGCCCGAGGCAGCGGCCCAGGCUGACGAGUUCCAGCUGAAGCCCAGUCGACGCAAGAUCGUCCACAAUGUGUCCAUCACCCGCCGCCAGAAUCCCAACGCGCUGGGCGAGGCCGAGAGCAUGACCCAGCGACGGGAGCGCCUCUCACUGCCACUGCGCAAGAACACCAGCAUCGACGCGGACAAUCCCUCGACGCCCAACAGCCCAGCCUCCCCCAUCCUGGGUCCCUCGACCAAGAACCAGCGAGUGGUCAGCGACAAGCUGGUCAACGAGCUGGUCCAGAGUCUGCUCCUCAAGAGCGACAGCACACAUCUGCGCAAUCUGCCCAUGGAGCGCCUGCAGGCGGCCGCUAAGCGAGCUCUGGUCGAGGAAAUGGACUCUGCCCACGAAAACAGCUCCCUGGACAGCACGCCUGCACCCACGCCCAAGCAGGACAAGGAGUAUGCAGAAUACUACAACAGCUGGUGCGACGCCAGCGGCAGUGGCGAAGAAGUGGUGCCCUCGAAGGCCUUCCGCGCACUCCAGGAUCCGCGUCGUAGCCCAUGGACAGUGCGCUGUCCGCGAGUGCUCAGCUCGAAGACCAUCAACAGGGAUCUGGCCAGAGUCACGGAAUCUCCAGAGAUAGCCAAUGGUCGUGGCUCCAGCAAGAGUCCAGAGUGCUUCCGACAGCAGUCCCAGUCACAGUCCAGGGAACGGUCGGUCAGCAGUUGGCGCAGAGUCUAGACCUAACUGGGCAAGAUAUGGCCUGUUGUAUGUAUAUAAGAAGGGCGGGAUCUUUAGUCUUUAGCAGGGAUGUGAGACCGGUUCAACAGGGUAGAUCCAACGAACGAAUCAAAAAAAUUCCGAAAAGAAAAGCGACUUUAAGUGGAGGCUCCAGCGGAAAGCGCUUCAUCAUUUUGAACCGACUUUCAUUCCUGAUCCUUUGGUAAAUUAAGCGCCUGAGGCGAUGUGCCUUUGCCCGCACCCUAAAACGGGUGAUAGAUAGAGUCGGGUCGGGUCGGGGCCAGUUAUUGCAUUUCUCAUUAAGAGUCCCAUCCCAUCCUAUCACAAAAUCGCACACACACAUUGUACAUUUUGAAUAUUAAUCAACUAAAUAUCUAAUAGAUGCCAUAAUGUAAAUAAACAAAUCGAGACCAAUGACAAAGAAAGUCGUUCAUUCGUUCGUUCGUUUGUUACCUCAGUAGAGCGCAAGAAAAAACUCAUUUCUAAAUCGAAUAAUAAUACUAUAUAAAACCUCAACAACCAAUAAAAACCAAACCAAACAAACCAAAAUCGAAACCAACCACCAAAAAUGAUCUAUCAAAUCGCCACAAUAAACAGCAAAAUAAAAACCAAUUUCAUCUCAACUCAAUGAUUUUGUAAAACUCGUUCAAAAUCCUAAGGACCUGGACAAUCGGAUCUAUAAUUAUUUCUCAAAGCCAUAGAAAUCAAUUAUAGUAACAAAGCAGCAGCGAGAAAAGAAAGCAAACAAAAUGCUUGCUGUACGAUUAGAUAUUUAGUUUAAGUCCAGCCGCACUUGGGAUCGCAAGAGAACGGCAGCAGUUUUUAGUGAAAUUUUCUUAAAACUAACCCAAACCAUUGUAGAUGAAGAGGAACAACGUUUUUUAAAUGUAUUUUGUUUGUUAAACGCGAUUUGGUAGCAGCACUAAAACCAAACAAAAACAAUUCUAACACAACUACGAAGCAACUAGCGAAAGCGAAACCUACGACUACUAAUCCUAAUCGUUAAGCUCUGAAAGGCAGGUGCAAUGAGGUAACAACGAAACGAAUCAGAACUACACUGAAUACUACAUACAUACAUACAUAUCUACAAUCGACUAAGCAUAUGAUAUGAUAUGGUAUGAUAUAUGAAUCCGGAUAAUACGAAACACGACUAAUAAAAUACUGUAUUGUAUAAUUUUUUGUUAUUUGAAAGUAGAAGAAAUGGCAAAUUGUAAAACACAUUUCACAUUUGAGGAAUUCAUUUCUGUUUGUGUCAUUCAUGAUUUAUUCAUUUAUUAUAUUCGUAUGCAUGCGAAUCAAUUAUCUAUUAUUUUUUGCACAUUCAAUAUACGAUAAACAUAUUUUGUGUUGUAUGAUUUUUUAUGGAGUGAACAUUUUUAAGUAAAUAAAGAGAGAUAAAACCAAUGGAAAAAGUG